AUGGCAUCUUCCGCCGCAUCGUCCCCUUUCUUGUCGCUACCACGCGAAUUGCGCGACGAGAUUCUGGGCCAUCUCGCUCUCCCACCGUACGUCUACACGUCUAGUACCAAAAAGGAAACACAGCAUUUAUACCAAUCGCGCCGAGCCACCGGGGACACAUACUUUGCUGAAGAAGCAGAGCGAGCCUGCGAUGAUGGCACCCCGCGUAUCACUCUGGAAAUCCAGCGACCUCUGCGUGGCGUCCAUGGAUACUACGUUCCAGUGCGCGAUGAACUGUCCCCCCGUUUCCUUGCCCUGCUGCCACUCAUGGAGAAGGCGAGGAAGCUGAGGCUCACUCUUUGGCCGGGUUUUGACUGGUGGAAUGGCGGUCCUCAAGUCUUCAUUGACAAGCGGGGAAAUGCUCGCGUUAACCCGGGCGAGGCAGCAAAGCCAAAUGCUGCCUCGGUAGCCAUCAACAAGAUCCUGCACUACUUCCCUCAUGUCCAAGAGUUAAGCGUAGAUGUUCUAAUGCAGGCAUCCGAAGGGGGAAGAUGGGAUCUGCCAGAUCGGAAAUGGGAAAACGUCCAACCAUGGCUCGAUGCAUCGAUUGUGCCUAGUGUAGGGCCAAACAUGGAGACCAUUGUGCGCAAGCUCACGGGCUUUUGGGACGUGUCCAGACCUGAGCCGUUCUAUAUCCAGCAUGAGGUCCGACAGUCGGAAAGGGAGUGGAAGAUUGACAGGAAGGGCGACAUGGCCACACCCACAAUGAAGUCCUUCUGCGAUACCGGCAACGCAGAAGACAUGGAGUUUCUACGCUCCCUGGCCAUCGAGGAAUCCUUCAUCCGCAAAGACUAAACGCCACCUGAUCGGAGCCACGUGCAAGCAUCGUGCAUAAGCAUUGGUGUAUCUAUGGUUGUACAUGCCUAGUGUUGAUGCGUUUAAUUUGGCCCUCAAUCAAUUACCGGCGAAUUGUUUCAACAGUGGGGAAGAAACUAGCGCAUAUUUCGACCAGCGGCUCGCAACGCCACGUUUCAGAGCAUCGGCUUUGCAUCCGAGGCUGCAAGCUAGGCAAACAGGGCUGCGGGCAUGGGGAUUAAUAACGGGUGAUCAUUUAAUCAUGUUCUUCCGGCGGGUUGUUGCAUUGCCGGUGCACUUCGCAAAUCCACCAAUGUCCAUACCAAGCGCCCAGCCCAAGCCGGAUGAUCGACAUGCUUGUUCAUUUGAUUCUGGGGCAUCCC